CCGUAGACGACUGCAGCCAGGAACCCCCUUCUCACGCUCUGUUCCCACACUCCACGCUGUUAAAGGGCCCUCCCUUCGUUUUUGUCUUUUUCUCUUCUUUCCUCUCCUUCAUUCCCAUCAACUCCUCCCUCUUCUUCUCAUUCCUCAUCCCCCCCCCUUUUUUUUUUUUCUUUCUUUUUGCUGCCUCGCACAAUGGGUUUCUCCAAGCGCAUCGCUGUCGCGUGCGUGCUCUCGCUGGCUACCUCGGCCCUGCUCUCCUCUUCCAACACCGCCCAGGCCACCCCAGCCCCCGCUCCAGUCUCAUUCGACUCUGUCCUCGACGAUGCUGACCGCUUUGUGGAUCAGACCAUCAACCAGCUCGAGUUCAACUGGAACAACGUCGACGAAAAGGUCCACGAGGUCCUCGACGACCUUUCUGACAAGUUCAAGUCCAAGCUCGGCGAGGCCACAGAGUGGGUCAAGACCCUCACUCACGAGAGCUUCCCUGGUGUCCAAAUGCGCCUCAAGGAGCCCAAGCUGUGCGAUCCCCAUGUCAAGCAGUACUCUGGAUACCUCGAUGUCGGUGCCGAUAAGCACUUCUUCUUCUGGUUUUUCGAGUCGCGCAAUAAGCCCAAGUCGGAUCCCCUGACCCUUUGGCUCAACGGCGGUCCAGGAUGCUCUUCGCUCACCGGACUCUUCAUGGAGCUGGGACCCUGCAGCGUUAAGGAGGACGGUUCAGACACGGUCUAUAACCCCCAUUCCUGGAACUCCAACUCUUCGGUCAUCUUCUUGGACCAGCCCACCAAUGUCGGAUACUCCUACGGUGACAGCGUCUCCAAUACGUUCACUGCUGCCAAGGAUGUCUACGCUCUUCUUCAGGUUUUCUUCAAGGAAUUCCCAGAGUACCAGCGUCUGGACUUCCACGUUGCUGGUGAGAGUUAUGCUGGCCAUUACAUUCCCGCUAUCGGCAAGGAGAUCAACGACGAGAACAAGAAGAUCGCCACGCCCAUGCUUCGUCCCCCCGGUGUUCAGCAUAUCAACCUCGCUACGCUCAUGAUCGGAAACGGACUCACUGAUCCUAAGACCCAGUACGAAUACUACCCCGAAAUGGCCUGCAGGAACUCGUACGGCCCCGUCUUGAGUGAUGCCCAGUGUGACCAGAUGACUGCAGCCUACGAUACCUGUGCUGACUUGAUUCAGGCGUGCUACGAUACCAACUCGGUUUUCCGCUGCUUACCCGCUGCUUCGUACUGCAACAGCAAGAUGAUCGGGCCUUACCAGCAAUCGGGACAGAACCCUUAUGAUGUUCGCAAGAAGUGCGAGGGUGAGGGUGGUCUCUGCUAUCCUAUUCUGGAUGUCAUCAAGGACUAUUUGAACCGCGAGGAUGUCAUGGAGGAGCUUGGUGCCCAGGUCGAGAAGUACGAGUCUUGCAAUAUGCAGAUCAACAUGCGCUUUAUGCUCCAGGGCGACUGGAUGAAGCCCUUCCAUUUGAUGGUGCCCCCACUGCUGGAGGAUGGCAUCCGCAUCUUGCUUUACUCUGGAGACGCCGACUUUAUUUGCAACUGGAUGGGUAACAAGGCUUGGGCUAUCUCGCUGCCCUGGUCUGGCCAGGCCAAGAUGCAGGAGAAGAAGGACAAGAAGUGGUUGGUAAACGGUCACCAUGCUGGUGAUGUCCGCACCUCGGGUCCCCUGACCUACCUCCGUGCCUUCGGAGGCGGACACAUGUUGCCCUAUGACAAGCCCGUCGAGUCGUUGGCGAUGUUCAACACAUGGGUCUCUGGCAAGAAGCUUUAGAUGCUGCCCUAGUCCCGCUGUCAAUCCUGUACAUGAAUAAAUGCUAUAUUUUAAGAUAUCAUCCG